CAGAUUCGCCUUCUCCGCAAGGCAUGCUGUUGUUGUGUGACAAAACAACACCGCUAUAAGGCGUUGGAAUAGUUUGGUGAGCAUUAUUGCAGCUUCCCUGUUUCUGCGUCUCGAAAGAGUGAGGGCUAAAACAACAAAACAGUCCCACCAUGAAUAUCCAGUCAGCUAUCAACAGGGCAGUGUUUGCUCCCCGGGAUGAGAGGAUGCUAGUGGCUGUGGAGGUGAAGAGGAGAAAAAGGAAAAGGGUCCCCUUUCUGCCCACUGGAGGCAAGGGAGACUACAUGACGUACAUCUGUUUGUCAGUGACCAAUAAGAGGCCAGCUCAGCUCCUCAUCACCAAAGUCAAGCAGUUUGGAGGCUCCGCCCCCUUCACCAGAAGGUCACAGUGGGCUGUGGAGCAGCUUCGCCAGGUCAACGGCAUCAACCCCAACAAGGACUGCCCAGAGUUUGACCUGGUGUUCGACAACGCCUUUGACCAAUGGGUGGCCAGCUCAGCACCAGAGAAGUGCAUCUUCAUCCAGAUCAUGUACCACGCCUGUCAGACCUAUUGGGAAGGCAAGGAGGGGGUCCCUGGUAGCCCAGCCGGGGACCAGCAGAAGGGGCAAAGGGUCCAAGGUAGCCCAGGGGGCCAAGGUAGCCCAGGGGCCCAAGUGGGCCAGAUAGGAGGACCAGUGGCCCAGGCUAGACGGAAGAGCACCGUGGGUCCCAGGCCCCAUCAUACUGAGUUUGUCAACUGUCAGUCCAAACUCACAGGAGAUGCCUGCAAAAUGAAUCUGGUCCUGUACCGUUGCAAGGUCUUUUUCAAUCGCAUGAAGAAGGUGAUGGUUUCAAACCAAAGCCGUUCUCAGACUGGAGCAGGUCCUAGAGCAGGACCCAGUGGGCAGCGCCCUCCAGGGGGCAGUAUGGGUAGUGUAGUCCAGAGGGCCAGCCAGGCCCUGCAGGAGCGUGGGGAGAGACUGGGCCGGGCCGAGGACAAGACGGUAGACCUAAUGCACAAAGCCCAGCAGUUUGCAGACACUGCUCACAAGCUGGCUCUGAAGUAUUCAAACUAGAGGCAUAUCUUCCUGUGGAACCGGUCCUGGAGUCUUUGGCCCUAAUUUACUUAUUAAUUCUAUGUAAUAACAUUUUACUAAUCAUGGACUGAGUUGAAACCAAGUGGUCACACUGCAAUUCCUCUGUGACGAGUCCUGUCUAGUACUGGGUUAUUGCGCUUGCUAUUAGGACUUAGACUGUGGACAAGCAACUGUCACUUGUGUCAGAAGGACUUUAAAAUGUUUACAGGUGGGUAGGACGGCCCAGUUAUGGACCCCCCCAGGAUUAAAGAAUGACCUUUCACCUCUAGAACAGGACCUGUGGAUUACAUGAUGGUGUCCUUUCAUGGGAUAGACAGUUUGUGUACUGGAUGGCAAUGUAAUGUCACAAUGCUCCCACUGUUUGAGUGUGCAUGUCUUCCCUGCUUCAGUAGCCUCUUCUCUGAUAACAAGGGUUUUUAGAUUGUAUUGAUAAACUUUUGUGUUGUGCGCUUUUAUAUAUCUUAAUAUAGAUUCAUGAAUUCACACAGUGAACAGCUGACAAGUGAAGUUGAGAACCUACGUGUCUCCACAAUGAAUGUAUUUCAGUUUUUGUUUUUUUUGCUCAUUGCAUAAAUUAUUGAUAAUUUAUGACUGAAUAGGCACACACAAAGAGCAGCUUGUGAAUAUUGGCACGAACCAAUGCAACUCGGAUUGCAAAUUAAUUCCUGGUGUUAUUAUUAUUAUUUUUUAUCUCUGCGUUGUUGGGAAGGGCCCGUAAGGAAGCAUUUCACUGUUAGUCUACACCUGUUUACGAAGUAUGUGACAACCAU